AUGCUAGGUUGUUUAGGAGAUAUCAAGACCCCUCAAGAGGUGGUGCGGAUUAUAAGGUACGAUACAGGAAGGUUGAUAAGUCUUUUGUACAAUUGUGUGGUCCUUGUCAGUAAGAAACUUUUUGCAAAGGGUAUAAUGCUUACCAUUCUCCCAUUAUCUUGAUUGUUUUAACUUGUUUCCAGUUUAAUGCGAGAUGCAGAGAAGUUGAUGAGUCGUUGUAUUUACUUGAACAUCCUGAAAGCUACUAUUUCAGCUGCAAAGGAAAGUGAAACUGCAAGUGAAUCACUAGAAAAGUAUGACUGCUUUUUACUUCUACUAAUAUUAAGCAACCACUAUUACUAGAGUGGGCUCUGUUAUUGAGCCCAGCCUAAUUAAAGAGUGGUUGUGGUAACUUUUGCUAUUGAUUUUCUCUUCAUUGUUCAUGAUUGAUAUUUGUCUAAUUAAAGUGCAACUCAGUCACUUCUUUUAUGUCAAAUAUAUUCCACAAUGACCUUUGGAUUUCCUGCAAUUAUGUUAGUGGAAAAAUCCUUGUUAGUUUUAUGCUACAUGAAAAGCUCUUGAUGAAAGCUGUGUUGGAUUUUCUGGUCUGCUUCUCACUCCUUAACCCUUUGACUCCUAUGAGUGACCAAGACAGAAUCUCCUUACAAUAUCAAUACAAUAUCAACCAGGUAAGUGAUGAGAAUUAAGAAAAAUAUCAAUUUGGAGAUAAUAAGUUGAUUCAACACUAAACUCUCUGAACUAACAUGAUAAGAAUAGUAUGGUUGACAGAGAGGAGAAUUUCAAAUUUGAUCUGGGAGUUAAAGGGUUAAUCCUUUACACCCUAACAUCAAUAUGCAUAUUCUCAAUACUAUUCUUAACACAUUUCCUAAGAUGCUGAGAAGGAGAAUUAGUUGUUUAUUUUUAAACAAUAAAGAGCUUCUUUAGUAAGGAGAAACUAGAUCCUGGUCACUCUUAGGGGUCAAAGGGUUGAAAAGUGUGCUCUUGAUUGAUAAUGUUUGAAUUAUAACAGAUUAUUUUUGACCAGUUAUUAAAUGCCCAUUUGUUGAGAAUAAAUGAAAAUUUGCUUCUUGAUCUCAACAGGUUUAUGAGUGUAGGAGGCUGGAAUAUACUGAAUAAGUGGUUAGUUGAGGCAAAGAAAACUGAGAAUUUUCCUGUGCUAUUGGAAUUACUGGAGGUGAGAGACCUUGUUGCAUGAGUGGAUGAAACUUUGAGUAAUGUGUUUAUGCAUAUACAUUCAUUUUAGUGUGACGUGUUUAUAAUUUAGUCUUGUACUGUGAUAUAGUGCUUAUAUUGGAAUGUACAGCUACCAAUAUGUUGCCUCAAGUCAAUCUGUGUGUUGUGUUGCAACAUUGUCUCUCACUUUUGAUCCUACAUCUUUUAUUCAGGUCUUGAGAGAUCUUCCUGUAAAUAUAGACACUUUAAAACAAGUACGUUGAUAUUUCUUGAAUAAACUCUGAUUGGUUUUCUAUCAUUGUUUUUCAUUACUUAGCUUUCAUUUACUGCUCUGGAAUGAAAGAGACCAUGUACAUUCAUUUAUUGAUGGUUUUUGUGUUUGAAACAUUUAUCAUAAUUGCUGUUUGCAUUACAAAGUAGGAUGUUCUUUGCUUUGUUCAAUUUUGCCAUUUUUCUCAAAUAAUACUCUAAGCCUUUUUUUAGUUCAUGUGUAUGAUCCCUGAAAUCUUCUAACUACCCUUCAGCCUAAAUACAGUCUCUAUUGAAUCACACUCACCUAUUAAAUUCAUCAAAACUUUGUGCACAUUCAGUUGUAAUAUUGAAACCAAAGACCACUAGAUCAUGGUUAAUUUGGUAGAAAACCCCAAUUAUAUCUCAAGAAUGUUUUGUAGGGCAAUACUGGCAAGAUUAUCAAGCAUCUCACAAAGUUAGAAAAUCAAGGUAAGUAUCAUUUUGAAAUUCACUUCAAUUAGAGAAAUGAGAAUAAUUUGGAGUAACAUGGGUUUGGUACCACUGAUGAACUCCAAUGAGAAGCAAUGGUAUUUAAUUUGCUUUAGACUAGUGAAGUCAGUAUGCUCUAGAUCUGGCUUAGUAAGUUUCUCUAGGAUGUCCUCUCAUAUAGACUGAUUGAUUUAUAUCCUUUUUUUGUUUCAGAUGUCAAGAAGCUUGCCUCAGGAAUUGUCAAACAAUGGAUGAGUCUUGUGAGAAAUCAGACAGGAACAUCAGGUACAAGAUUACUCUGCAGUGUCACUUUUGAAGUCAUAUACAUGUACUUGUAAAUGUAUUACAAUAUCAAGGCUUGAUCAAAAGUCUCCAAUCACUCUCUGGCUGUGCAUGUUUAUCCUAAAUUUGUUUGUCCCUUUCAGAAAAAGGUGACAAGCCUAAGCUGAAUGGUUCUGCUAAUGGUGAGGAUACUUUGCAAGGCUCCAAGCAGGGUGAGUGUACGCACAUGUAUAUUAAUUGAACAGAAUCUAUUAGGACAACACUGAGAAAAUGGUUAAGAGACUUACCGUAUCAAUGAAUGUUUUGCAAUUACCAACUAGAUUGCAGAUAUAUCCUAACGUAUUUUAAGUAAGACAUUUUAAAGCAUUGUAUGAAAGAAUACAUGUAGGUAGUUAAAAGUGAGGUUGUUUGCUACCUUAACAAGGUUUGAUUAUUUGGUUUUAGCUGUCUCUUCGACAGAAGGGAAGCCUGCCAAGAGGAUGAGGUGAGAUUGUUUUCCAGAUCAGAGUGAAUACAUUCAGUUUCCUCAUUUGGUGCUUUGCACUGUCAUAAUUUGUUAUAACUUUUCAAUCACGUGUCCAGGCUGAUAAAUAUUCCAGGUAGCAAAUUAAGGCCAGCCUAAAAGGUACUUAUUAUAAAUAAUAAAAUGCAAGACAUCUUGAGUUAUCAAAUUUUAUUGAUUAUGUUAUAGAGACAACAACUCAACAGACUCAAACAGGUCACCUCAAGUUGAGAAGAAGGCUAAAACACUGAAUGAAGUUAAAAGUGAUGUCAAACAGAGCAUGGCACAAAAGAAUGUUUCUAAAACAAAAGUUAUCCCACCUCAGCCUAAACGUAAGUUCCUGUCUGCUUUAUUUCCAGUUUUCAAAGUACAUGGAAGAGUUCAAAGUUCACAAUUCACUGUCUAUGAUCAAAAUGAAAGAUUAUUGCUGAUUUUCAUAGCCCUUUGACCCCUGAGAGAGACUAGCAUCUAGUGACUGUACCCCUGAAUCACACAUUUAAGUCACAAGAAUAAAGGAAUGAUCACCAACUAAAGAAGCUCCUGAUUGUUAAACAAAUUCUCCUCAUCAACACCUUAGAAAAUAUAUGGAGGACAGUAUGGAGGACAGUAUGGAGAAUAUACAUACUUCUGUUAGGGUGUAAAAGGUUAAAGGAUGUACAGAAGAUGGCUAAAUUGCAUGAAGGGUCAGAAAUCAUUUAGGAAGUAGUUUUUAUAGACUUUUUCAAGUGAUGGAGUUGAAAAUCAAUAGUUACAAUAUUUGGCAAGCAGUGGUGUCUCAUAAAGUGUCAAAGAUCCUUUAGAUACACAUAUAUCAAAUUAAAUCAACUUAUACAUGUUUUCCUGAAGUACUCACAAUAACCUUUAUUGGUAGCUCCAACUAUUUAUUAGUUGGAGGGGGGAUGAAAAACAAUUAUGAAAAAAAUUGUCUGAGAAUACAGGAAUCUCCCCCUUCAUAAAAUGAUGGUCAGUCCUUUACUCUUUGUGCUAAGGGAUGGAUCAGUAUUAUAAACUAGAAACCUACCCUUUUAGUACUUGUGGUCAUUUGCUCUCUAUUUUUGUUUUCACUAGCUGUUGCUAUGGAGAGUGCAGGAUUCAUGAAUGCCUUAACAAUUGCAGCAUCAGCUGCCCCUGUGCGAAAAAGAAAACGUGUGACCACAGCUUCAAAGGUACUUACAUGUACAUCAUCAAUGUGGUAUUUCCCAUUCAUUGAGUCAAGUCAUUCUGAAACUGUCUUACUAUUCUAAAUGAAAUAUAAAAGGCCUCUUUUUGUUUUAGGGUGUGUGAGUUCUGUUGCCCCUUUUAGUGCCAGAAGCACUGACACUAUUUCCCCCUUUACCUGCAACAUUGGUUACACAAAACUGUAGUGCAGUUUGCAAGUAGUCUCUACAGCAGCUGGGAAAAUGAUGGGGUUUUUUCACAUGACUGGGUUAGCUAUUUCAAAACCAGAUCUCUGGCCUUACUCUCUAGCUUUGAGGAAUUUUUAGGGGGAUACUUAAAGAGAGAUGCUUUUAAUAUCUUUAUAGACUGGAACCACUAACACCACAACUUCAACCUCUUCAACCUCAACCACCAAGGUAGGCAGUCUAAGUUGCAAUACAGUAUACGCAGAUUUGCAACUUGUUAGUCUUCUCCAGUCUCAUUUUUGUAUGAAGAAAUAUAGGUCAAUGUAGAGGCUGCUUUUAACAAACCUGUCUUUCCUAUUUUAAAAUUUUGUACAAAAUUUCUCUUGAGCUUCAUGCAUGUUUGUUUGUUCAGCCAACAUAUACAGGAAUUCUUGAUGCUAUUUUGGACAGUCAGUCACAAACACAUGGUCAAGAGGAUGGAAGGGAAAAGGAAAAAGAGAACAAAGAUAAAGAAGUGGAUAGUUCAGGGUAACUAACUUAGGAUUUAAUCACCAAUGAUUUAAACUUAUCAUCAUAUGUACUGAGGCUAACAUUGAACUAUAUGUAAGACAGUAACCCUCAAGACAGUUCAUGUUACUGCUUCAUACCAAACAAAACACAGACUCACUAUCAUAGUGUUCUUAACAAAAAGUUGCAAAUAUUUUGUAGAUGAUGCCAAAAAAUUAGAUAAGUUUUUUUAUUUAUUUAUUAUCUUCUUGGUAGUGUCGUGGGUAUAUAAUACAAGUUAUUUUGUCUAUUAGCAUUUUGAUUUCAAUAAUAACAAUCAUCUUGUCUGCUGAUUUUAGCAAUAACAAGUCUGCUUCAUCUCCUAAUGGCUCACCUGAUGACACAUCUGCACCAAGUAAGGACACCAAAUGACAUCUAUGUCAGAGCAGUAUUUAUAUCUUUACUCAGACAAAUCAGCCCUCUUUUUUAUUCAACUUCUUCCUUGUACCUUUUUUCAAAAUUGGAUUAAAUAUAUUUUUCUCAUGAGGAAAGCAUUAUAUGACCUACAAUUAUACACGUCAGUUAGUACCAAACCUGAAAGCCACAGUCCAUCAGAGAUAAUUUUUCCUUGGUUUUUUUUUUUAAAUGAUAUGGUCAUCAAGAAGCAACACAAGAGAGAUUCCUUUUUGACUGAAAUAUAAUAAUAACUGGAAUUUUUUAUCACUCAGGUGGAGAUAUUGGAGAUUUUAGCAAAAUUUCAGAGGUGAGCAGCUACAUUGAAACUUCUUAUUGCAACUAAACUCAGUUUUUCUCAACUGUCGAAAUUUAAACUUAUCUUUUUAACACUGGUUCUCUUUGACAGCCAUCUGAAAAAGAUAAUUCUCCAAAUGCAGGUAAGCAUUACUCCUGUUCUGGAAAUGUACAUGUGUAACAUGAACAAAUUUAAUAAAGAAAAUUUCCUAAAGUUUGGGAUCAAAGCACCUGAAAUCACUAAAAUACAAGGGACUAAGUAGCACUGUGUUGAAAUUCUCCCAAAAUGAUAAAACAUUAGAGUUUAUGUUCUUGACCCAACUCAGAGUCAUGAGCCACUAGGGGAGGGUUUAAAUGAUACUAAGAAGUACCCAAAACAUAUUCAUACCCAAGAAAUAGUCUGUGUUACUAUCAUGACUACAACUUUGGAGGGCAUCAAGAAAAUAAAAAGUGAAAAAGUGAUAAUAAAACAGUCUGAACAAUCACAUAAGCAUAAGAGUGGGCUAAAAUACAUUUCAGGCUGCCAAAAUCUCUAUUUUAGCCUGCAAAAUGUGCCAAAAUGCUUGACCAAGUGUUAAUAAAUAGGAAAUGGAAAUUUUAGCAAUUCCUUUGAACUCCACCAAAAAAGGUAGUAUCUAUCAGCCAAAAUUAACAAAAUACAUGUAAGCAAUAAAUAAGGGGAGGUCAUUACCAACACCAAUCACAUUUUUAGGCUCGCUAAAUUCACAUUGUGAUUGAUGCUUGUUUGUUAUUUCUUCAGCAUCACAGGCAUCAACAGAUACAGUAACAUCAGCAGCUGAUGAUUUAGAAGAGAAACCAGCAAAGAAGUCCAAGAAGGGUAAAAGAGUUACAUGGCCUGAUGAUGAUGCCAACCUUGCUAUCUUCCAUUACUUUGAGAUGGAUGAAGAUGAAAGAGGUCAGUUUGUUCCACUUUUUUUUGAAAAUUUGGUUUACAUAUUUCCACAGCCUGUGCAUUAUCUAUUGUUGAAUGAUGAAUUUUUAAGAUAUCACUACUGGGCAGCUGUAAUUUCAAUCACUAACACAAGAUGAGUUUCACUUUGUAUCCCAGAUUGGAAAAUGAAACUUGAGUUGUUGUCUAUUAAGUGUUUUUAAAAAAUAUAAUGAUCAUACAGAAAAGGUGUUUAUAUGUGUAACUAUGAAAUAAUGUUAUGUGUCUAUUCUGCAUGAAAUACUGCAUAAACACUUUUGGCUUAUCAGCAUUCUUAUUUUCUUUAGCUCUGGUGAGACAUCCUGUGAACUUCCUUGAUGCAGCACAUAAUGAAAUGGUCAGGGAGAGACAGGUAGGUGUAUUUACCAAGUUUUAUAGACAAAAAUUGUGAAAUAAUUGGUCACAUUUUGCAUUUUUUCAGUUAAGAAAAUAGGUAGUUGUCAGCACUCUAAGCUGCAAAUAUUUUGGUCACCAAGUGGUGGUGACAUAAUUUUAGCUAAUGAAAUUAGUUUUUACCAAUUUGGCAACCUGAGUUCAGCCCACCAUUUCCAGCAGGUAAUUGCAUACCUUUCUUAUUGAGGUAUCUGUGUAGUCUGAAAAAUGCAUGAUUUUCUGUUUCAGCUUGUGGAACAAGCCAAACGUUUGAGUGAAGACAUAAUGGCAGAGAGAAUCAAGGUAUAGAUGAUGCUUAAUCAUUGUUUGACAAGGGGGAAUUUUAAGUUUCAAGUAGGUGGUCUAAGGGAGAGUAGUCUAGUGGGAAAAAGACUUUCCUUGUUUUCAAUGACUGACUGUUACAACUACCAACCCGAGCUGAAGUGGUCAUCAUAGUCAUGUGACUCUGUGACCACCUUUACUGAGGUAGCUAAAACAUCAGAAACUAUUGCCAUCAAUACCCUUCUCAGAAUUCCUCUUAUCUAAACAAUCAAAUCAUCCAACUUCAGUUCUGCUACACCUUAAUAUCAAUCCUUUCCUUUAUUGUGUAACUGAAUUUUUAAACUUACAUCAUAUUUCAUAAUUUGCCAAAAAGUAAUCUUGCAAUUGCCACAAGACCUGCAUUUGUUUCAGUAAACCUGUGAUCUACAUUUAAGCACAUCAGCUAAUUAGGUCCUAAAUCAACAAUAAUCUGUUUGCAUGUUGUAGUGGUACAGACCCAGAGCCUUAACACUAGAACACCAAAUGGAAAAAGGUUCAAAGAGUACACAGAGGCAAAUACAGGUAUAGUACACUAUGUGUCCAACACACUCCUAUAUAGGAGUGUUCAUCUGUUACUUGCUUUACUCUGUGCCGAGCAGCAACUGAUACAUUUUACCAUGAGCAUACUUGUAAAGAUAUACAUAAUAUGACCUUCUACAGUGGAAGUCAGUGGGAGGGCAUCUUGAGAGAUUUUGUGCAUACAUGAGAUUCAAGCUUUUAACACAUUCAAUAACUUUUGCUGUGUAGAAAUUAUUGAAAAGUACAGGUGGGACUCAAAAAGACACAUGAAGAAUUUAUCUUCCAUUUUUUCCCUAAGUGUUAUGUGGAAUAUCAGUAAUAAUUACUAGACACUAAAUAGAUCAUUUUAAACCAUACACAGGUCCACUUUUUUAUGACUGCCAAUGUUGCAACAUUCUUCAAUUUAUUUUGCUCUAUUUACUCUGUAAACCCCUGUUUAUUAUAGAUAACAGUUCAUAAUUAUGUGAUUCUUUGGCUCACAGAAAACCAGAGAAGCUAGUAUACUUGCAGAUAUAUUUUUAACCAAGUCAAGGUAAAGUCUUGGUACAUGGCCAGUUUUUUUGUGCUUGCCAAUGUUUUAGAAGCUCUCUUUUCCCUUUUGGAGCAUGAUAAGAAUAUCACUGAUGCACUCAACUGCACCUGGUGCACCACUAUUUUGUUCUUACCAAAUUUUGAUGUCAUCUGAACAGAUACAACUGGAAUAGAUUUGUUAACUAAACUUGAUUCACAUAUUCCUGUGUUAGAAUUAUAGUAGUUUGAUGUCCAGAAGUGCUCUGCGUUUUCUUUAAUCUUGCCAGAACGAGUACUGUCAUUGGUAGACUAAGUUUUCCAAUUUGGAAUAAUUGUAAAGCCAGUGUUGUCAGAUGCUAUUUCCUAACCCCAUGUGUGGUAAUUUAAGUGGUUUGCUAUUUUGAUGUUUGAUCAAAAUGGGUUAUGUUCUUAUUACAUUUCAGUUUGCCUGACAGCCCAGCAGAACCUGAACCUGAUAACCAAAAAGGAAGUCCUGAAGAACCCAGAGUUAUACCACAUGAUGAGGUACAUGUAUUGAUAUAUAGCAGCUCAUACAAGAGAUAGAUGGCAAAUACUCAGCAUAACUAACUCUCCUACUGGCUGACCAAGAUGUGGAUCUAUGGAAUGUUUUGUUGAUUGACUGAAUGACUGUCUGACUGUUAUUUUGUAUAUAUAUAUUUCCUGCAGAAAGGAACCACUCAUGUACCUGCCAAGGCUCCAGUUGUAUCUUCUAACAAUAGCAGUGUACAGCUUCCACCAGCACUUAUGUCACUGUUGUCAUCAGCAUCCUCAACUACAGGUUUGCUGUUACUAUUAAGAAAUUUCUUUCUUUUCCUUAGCUGGUAAAUGGUCCUUGUUUUGUGUUCGACCAAAGUGAGUUUGAAUUUUUUUAAGACGUCAGUAAUCUCUGUUUUUUUAUUUCAGUUGGGUCGGUAUCUCAUGCAAGUGGUGACAGGGGACCUUAUACAGUUCAAGCCCUCCUUGAUAAAAUCAUGGCAAGUAACUAGACUGUCAUUAUGCGUAUUCCAAUGUUCAAGUUUUACAAUAUGUUAUAUAAUUCUUAUAGUAUUAUUGAACAGUGAUAACGAGUUAAUUUUCGUGAGGAAAAACUUCCCCCCUUUCUCUGGUGGUGAGUUCUGCUCAUUUUAUUGAAGCAUUAUUAAUUGUCACCAGUUAGAGACCUUUUCGCAAAAAAUUUUCUUCUGGGUUUGAAGGAAUUGUGAAAAAAUUAAUUUGCAAUUUAGCUUGGGAUGAAAAACGACAAGAUGUUUGAAGAACUAGUUUGUUUUUUCAUAGUUAAAUCCAAGAGACUUAAAUUAUAUUAGGAAAUAAUUAAUAUGUAACUGCAGUGUGAAUGUUCUUGAGAGGGCCGUUAGUCAUUCAGAAGCUGCCUUGAACUUUCAGUCAUAACCUCAAGUUCCUUAUCUUGUACUGUUCUUGAAACUUCUUUCUUUUUCAAGGAACUCGGUAGUACAUGCUGGGUUUCCAAUUAUUUUUUGAUAUUUGAAAACGUAAAUAAGUUCUGAACUUGUUCACAAACUCUUCGAAUAUCUGUUUGUUUUAGAAUCCCUCCACGCAGGGUAACCCACCCGACAUGGCGCCUGGUUCUCAGUCUCUUCCUCAAAAUGAGGCAGGGAGUUCCUCCUUACCCCCAGCCCUCCAACAUAUCCUGGAACCUCUUCAGCAGAACAAAAUGGGUCCUCCACGGAUGCAGGGACCUGGACCAGGAUCCAUGCCUGGCAUGGGUGCGGGAGCAGGAUUGCUGGGUGCAGGUAAAGUCAAUUAUUUUGUCAGCAUCAGCUUUUGUAUAGUGGACAACAGGUUCGACUUGUGAUGUGGGUCACAGGCUCUAUAGGUUGCUAGAAGACUUUGGUUGAAUUCAAAAAGGCAAUCCCUACUUUCUUAACGAAAACAUUAGUGUAAAACUUGUCAAAGGAAAUGUUCUUCUUGAUUGUGUUCUGCAAAAUGCGUGUUCAGUUCACAUCAGCCAAUCUUAUUCGUUUUUCUAAGUGAAUAAACCAUGCAACCACCCUCAGGCCAAAAGUACUUGGUGAUUUUUUUUUCUUAGAUAUCAAUUACCUUCGAGAAUAACCCAUGAAAUUCUGCGUGUACUUUCUUCUUAAGUAUGGAAUUAGCUGGCGGUUUUAAGAGCCGUCGAUGAUAAGAGUGUAGGCUGCGAAGCUACAGAUUCGUCCAUAAUCUCUAUUCUCAAGAGCCCUAGACAACUUAAAAGUAUUUUAAUAACAGGCCAUUUCUGAGUUCAUGAACCCUCACUUUCAGAACGUGGUUAAGCAGAGAUUGAAGAUUUAUUUUGAUGUGAAAGGCCUUAUAUUGAACCCUGGUACUAAAACAGGGACUUUGUACAUCUUUAAGAUCGUGUAUUUAAAAGUGAAGUAAAUAUUUUUUGAGGAUACCCACUUCUCUAUAAGACUGUUUAACAGAGAGGCUUCCCAAGCAAAGGGAGAUCAUUUGAGAAAUGUCCUUCGUCAGUAAAUGUAAAACUUCAAUUAUUUUUAAACAUUACCAGCUUUUCGAAAUGUUAGAUGUCAUGUGACGAUCUCUUGAUCUGUUCUCGCCACAGCACCAGGUGAUCCAAUGGGGAGUCUUAAUGUCUUCAGACCAUCCGGUCCUAUGGGUCCUAGAGGUGUACAAGGCCCACAUUUAAGACCUGAUAUGCCCCCGCAUUUUCAAGGCCCUGGAGGCCCUAGACAAGGUCCACCAAUUGGGCCCCUGUUUCCAGGUCCAGAGGGCCCCAUGAUGGGUCCUCGCAUGAGGGGACACAUGCCAAUUCGAAUGCAGGGCGGACCAGGUAUUGGUAGAGCCAUGCCAACAGGUCCUCGGCCUCUUUUACCAGAGAUGGUAAGCCUCAAGCUUUGUGUACGUAGAUUCUGUCCCUCAUUAGAUCAUGUUAAUUUUCUGAUUAUAGUAACUGGUGUACCACUGUAAAGAAGUCAGCACUCAAUCACUCAACAACUUCUCCAAAUGUGUUUAGGUGGUUGAUUUACAAUUGUAUCUUCAGGUGAAUAACGAUCUAAUGUAGAAAUUACACUUGCGUCGUGACGCACCACAACUGAAUCUUUGGAAAUUUAAUAACCCACAAUCCUUCAGACUGAUCUUAACACUAAGUGCUCAACCAAUAAAUUGACAAUCAGCAAGUAGUUUGUCUGUUCGGGAAUAUUUCGGUGUUAUUUGCCCGAUGUUUUGUCGGGCUGGAAGAUCAAUCAUUACGCGAAUUACAGUCCUCUGACGUCAAAAAUGCUUUUUCGUUUAUAUACUUUAUGUAUCGUACGAAAGAAGGCAAUGAACAGGAAGAAAAGAUAGUUAAUUGAUCACACUUCGUCCUAUCCCAGGCCCAACGAGACGACUUCCACUCGGACCAGUUCGACGAUGGAGGGGAGUAUGGUGACGAAGACGAAGAAGGCGAACUUGGAGACAUGAGCAUGCGUGGUAGGGGUCGAGGAAUGCCGCGCGGUCGUGCACGUGGAAGGGGAAGGGGCAGAGGAACGCCUCCUGUCUGUCGUCAUUUUGUGUCAAAACGAGGCUGUCUUAGAGGAAACACGUGUCACUUUUUACAUCCCGGAGUAAAUGGACCUCCAGUUUGACAGUGAAUAAUAGAGCGUUUGAAGACGGUGGCGCUAAAUUCCUGAGGUCAUACUUUUCUUGUUGACAAUUACGACAGGAAGCAGGGAAUUGGAGUAGAACUUUUUUACUUGGGCAAGACAUGGAAUGUACUGAUACGUCUUCAAGUUACUUUAUUUUUGAUAAGAAACAAUAAUGUCUGAAGUUCAUCAAUGGUAUUUAAUAAGGAAUAACAUACGGGUAAUGCUCUAAGUUUUCAUUUACAGUCGGCAUCGAGACGUAUGUUCUCGAGGUGGCCUAAGCACAGCAGAGGAAGGAUUUAUAGCUAUUGAAGAAUGACACUGAACACGCAGUGAAGGAAACUCUCUCUAGUACCAAAUCAGGGAAACUAGUCUAGCAAGGAGGAAAAAUUACCAAAUUUCUUGUGACUUUCUUUUAAACCUCAAAGCCCUCUUAGUGUUAGUUGAAAUGGGGUCAAGCAAAUGCGACCAAUCUUUUUAGUCUGAUGGAAUAAGGUAGUGAUAAAGGUGAAGUGUUUAUUAAUGUUCCACGAUACUUGCGCGAUUUGUUUCCUUGAUUUGGUAUGAAUAUCCAAAUUCUCCUCGCCGCUAAUACAAGCAGUGUUGCAACUGCUACAGAAAAUACAUACCCCAGUCAUAAAGGUUUAGGGAGUCGUGCACAAUUCGAGACUUUGCUCAGUUAUUGACUCAAAUCUUCUCUAUUAUCCAUUCAUCUCCGUCGAAACUACGGAAACUACGUAUUUUAUCACGAGCGUUCGUUAUUGAAAUUAUCUUUGUACAUAUUGUAUAGAGUGUGGAAACAGCGCAUGUAGAAUACUAGGUAGAAAUAGUUUUUAAGCGAUAUCUACUUGAAAAUAUUUUGCAACACAGCUAGAGAAUAAAUGUUUCGUAUUUUAGUCAGUCUGAGUUUCAGCAGAAACUAGAAGAUUCAAAUACAAAUUUUUGGAGUAAUCUCAACGUGAUGCAGAUCCCAGGGAAGCAGACUUUUUUGUUCUUGGUUAAGGUAUGAAUAACCCCAAUGCAUUUAGUGUGACAUUUCAUUUCUGCAUGUGCUAGCUAGUAAUAUUUUGAUUGGUCCAGCUGCAACGAAAGUAGUUUUCUCAUGGUUGUCUUUUCCUUGUUUUCGCCGUUGUCCUUAUAAUUUACCGCUAUUGCCUCGAUCUGAGUAAUGUAGUCGAUUGUAGAAACUAAUUUUAUUGACAACUCGAAAGACAUUGGUAAUCUACCAGUGAGUCAGCUGCACAUCCCAGUUCACGUCUGAGUUGAUCAACGGGGAUGUCACCUUUUAAAAUCGCCUCGCCUUCUAAAACAGUUCACAUUUUUUCAGAAUGGACUUACGAGAGUUUCUGCCUACUUAACCUUUAUCAAUCCAUUUUCUAUAUUAAAAUUUUGCAAGAAGACAUAAGUAUCUUGUGAUAAAAGACGAAACAGUUUUGUGACUCCAGGUAUGGGAGUAAGACUGAGUCAUGUUCGUAAAACUGGCUCGAAUUGUACAACACAAUUGCAGAUAAAUUAUCUGGAACCUCUCCAUGUCUGAGGUUCGUUUCUGACGCACAACGUUUAAAUUAGUCACUGCUUUAUAGUGGGAAAAAAUAAGAAAUCUGUCAAGAGCCGCGAUGGUACAAAGCAGUACCAGGUGAAUUGCGCAGUCUUUAAAAUUCAUCGUGAAUACAAUUGACCAAUGUGAUUCACGUUCAAACAAUUAUAACUACGUACGUUGAUAAUCAUAGAUAUGAAUGAAGUAGGUGGGAGUUCCAAACAUAUUUCCUUGGCACUGUUCAUCGUAUUGAUGUGAAUUACUUUCACUUGUAAUCAGUUUUCUUUGUUGAUUGCCUCACAAAAACCAUUUAAUUAUGUACUAAGAGACAGUUGAGUACUAAUAAUGUUGUGUCGGUGGUACAGCUAUGCUGGAAGUGAGCAACUUUGUUGGUUACACAACAAUAUAACAAAGAAAUGUUAUUGCUAAUUUAUAUUUUUAUGGGUUGGAGAGGAAUAAUAGUGCAAUUUUUUCUGUUUAUUUCACAUUAUUUCCAUGAAAAUGCAAAAACCAUCACCACCAUGUGUCGUCAAACAUCAUUCCUCUUCAGCCUUUUGAGAUUUAAUCGUGUUAGUGUUAAAAUUAUCAUUUGAUGUACACUUCCUCUAUUAAAGGCAAUUUCAACA